AUGCCGAUCAACUACGAAUUUCAGGGCUGGCUGGGCUACUCUCCUGAUGCGAUCAACGGCAAAAUGGAAUGGGGAUCCUUUGAACCCAAGCAGUGGGAGGCAGAUGAUGUCGAUAUCAAGAUCACUCACUGCAGUAUCUGCGGUGCAGAUUGUCAUAUGCUUCGCUCCGGGUGGGGAGAGAUACCUUAUCCCUGCUGUGUUGGCCAUGAGAUUGUUGGCAAGGUUGUUCGUACUGGACAUCGUGUCAAGCACCUCAAUGUUGGUGACCGUGUGGGUGUUGGUGCCCAAGCCCGAAGCUGCCUUGGCGAUGGUUGUAUCGAAUGCUCCGUUGGUCGCCCUCAUUACUGUCCUAAGAACAUCAAUACCUAUGGUGGUAUAUACCCUAACGAUAUAGGCAAAUCCUAUGGAGGAUUUGGCGACUAUGUUCGCAUUGACUCACGCUUUGCUGUCAAGAUUCCUGAGAAGUUACCCUCGGAGUAUGCCGCACCUCUGAUGUGCGCCGGUAUCACGGUCUAUUCGCCACUGCGAAAGAAUAACUGCGGACCUGGUAAGAUCGUGGGUGUGAUUGGUGUCGGUGGGCUAGGCCAUUUUGCUGUUUUAUUCGCAAAAGCUCUCAAGGCAGACAAGGUCAUUGGGAUCUCACGCAAGCAAUCGAAAAGAAAAGAUGUCUUGGCCUUGGGUGCCGAUGAUUAUAUCGCCACGGAUGAUGGAGAACAGAACUGGGCCACCAAGCACGCCAAGUCCAUGGACCUUAUUAUUUGCACCGUCUCAAGCGCCAACAUGCCGCUCAAUGACUACCUGAAGCUCCUCCGAUAUGGCGGCGACUUUGUCCAGGUUGGCGCUCCUGACGAUGGUGACUUGCCCGCCGUCAACGCUUUUACGCUCAUCAACGGCGGCUUCAAGUUGAGUGGCAGCGCUAUUGGCUCUCCCAAAGAGAUUCAGGAGAUGCUCUAUCUGGCUGUCGAGCUCGAUAUCAAGCCCUGGGUAGAGCUGAGGCCACUGACGGAUGCAAAUCAAGCUAUCUUGGACAUGGAGGAAGGCAAGGCACGAUACCGAUAUGUGCUGGUUAAUGAGAAGCAUCUUGAUGCUUGA